GGCGCGCGCGAGAGAGAGAGGGAGAGAGAGAGAGAGAGAGAGCGCACGGCUCCUAGUUGGCACGAACUCGGAGCUUUCUCGCGGCGAGAUGCACUUUUCUCGUUCUCCUUCUCUCUCGUCCUAGAAAGUUUACCCCGCACUUUUUUUUGCGGCGGUUGAAAGUGACCUUAUACCUUAUUUCGGACCGUAGUAGCGAUCCUCGCGAUUAUCGCGAUUGUCGUGGCGGCGGGGACACGUGAACGAUCUCGACGAGCGUAAAUUCCGCGAAUACUCUCGGUCGCACGUUCCGGCAACUAGAAUGGCUCGUGGACAACAGAAGAUACAGUCCCAAGCUAAGGCGGCGGAAAAAAGCGCGAAGCUAAAGAAACAGCAAGGACACAGUGCCAAUGAUCAAAAGAAGGCAGCCCAGAAAGCGCUCGUGCACGUGUGCUCCGUGUGCAAAGCCCAGAUGCCAGAUCCUAAGACUUAUAAGCAACACUUUGAAAAUAAACACCCUAAGAACGACCUGCCAGACGAUCUGAAGAAUAUAUGAGGGUACGAACUGUUGUAAAGUGGGAAUCGGGUGAGAGCGCAGGAAAGAAUUUGCUGCAUCUGACAAAGUGAUAUAGUUCAACGUUCAUCUGAUCACUGCAUAGAAAAUGAAUUAAAUCCUGUUAGUGUUUUAACUGAUCUAACGCACUCGACAGAUUGUUGCGCACGGCUCCGAAUGCUAAGCUUAAUCAGUGAUUUACUUGUGGAAAGCAUUUCAUAAACGUUCUUCACAUCACAUCAUAUAAUCGAUACUUUCCACGUAAGCGUUACGUGUGGAGACAGUCUGUGUAUAUUUCUAAAUAAAGCUCAUGAAUUUGAUGGCAAAAUUUUGAAACAUUUCAACGUAAGGAAAAAAAACCACCGUCGAUUUCCUAUUUCUAUUGCGAAGAGAGAUCAUUCUUUAUAUAGACUAAGAGAAGUACUCUUGUCUAAAUUCUUUAUAGCGUGUUACUACUUGAAAGCGUUAUAGAAAAAUGUUUCCGCGUUGUACAUUUUUAUUCCAUGCUUCAUGGCAAGAAUAUUAUCUUACAUCAUUGACCUUGUUGCAUUUAACCAACAGUUGUAUAUUUUGAGGUAUUAGUUUAUAAAACAGUUCUUUACGUCGCAAGAGGUUGAAUGAUACAUAAACAAUCUUUAACUACAUGACUGCCAAUUUAUAGUUGAUUGUAUUGUAUGCUCUUUAAAAUAAGAACAGUCUGUAACUGAAAUGGAGACUUUACAAAGCCCUGUCGCUCACAUUUGUAGAGAUAAAUAUUUUUAUUUCCGUUUGUAGCAAAGAGAGAGAGAGAGAAGUGCUUGGCAUUAACGUUAUGCCGAGCUAUCCACGGACACGCGCAUAAUUUCUCCUGUUACAGAAAAGAGUAAUAAUAAUGCAUUUUUCUAUGCUCGUGUAAAGUAUGUAGUACUUAAAAUAUCGUAAUUAAACUAAGAAUAAUUGAUUCAUCCUGCAUUGUUAUAUAUUUAUGCCAUUGUAAGAUAUGUAAGAAUAUUCUGUUGGUUCCAAUAAAGAAUCCAUUAUUCUUGGAAUGUAA